AUGGAGUGCUCUGAAAGAGAUUGUUACCAGAUCUCUCCGGUGUACUGGACGGAGAGCGAGGUGAGUCGUUGGCUGCAAAGCCGUGGCUUGCCGCUUCCAAUCACCAACGCCUUUGAGGAUCACUUAGUGAACGGCUUGGUGGCGAUCGACCUCAACGAUGAGGACCUCUUGUCCAUGGGCGUUGACAACGUGCUGCACCGGCGCCGAGCCCUGAUGGAGUUGCGGCAACUGUUUGGCUGGAAGGUUUGGGAUGACACGGUGAAGUCCAUCGACCCAGACCUCCUGACGACCACCGCCAGCGGCGCGCUCCGGCCCCCAGCGCCACCGCCGGUGCCGCCGGCUGAAGGAGCGCCGGAGCCGCGGCGCGCACGGCCGAAGUCGCCGUACUUGGUGAAGCUGCGGCGGGCACGGCCGACGACGCCGCAGAAGGUCGCCGCCCAUCCGGAGGCUCCCACCCUGUCCGCGCGCGCCCGCCGAGCUGCGGCGGCGUCGCUCGUGGGACCCUUGGGGGCGGAUUUCGAGGCAGCGCUGUUGCGUGCGCUGCCUGUGGCAAUUGAAAAGCUUGGUUCACCCCGCUUGAGGCUUCCGGCAUGUCGGAGGUAG